AUGACUGUUUGUCUACUCCUAAUUUUCGCAUUUCUAUUCUAUAACGAAGCGGCAGGACCAACAUGGGGUGCGUGGGGUGUUUGGAGUGAUCCAUGUACGUCGUGUCCAGGAGCGAUUUCACGUGGUCGCACACGAGUGUGCGUACCUGGAGACGAUUUCAGCUUGUGCAGUGGUCCACGUCUCGAAGUCGAGAACUGCGUCAACUGUGUCGGUCAGUGGACAGAAUGGGUGGACGGAACAGAAUGUCCGGACACAUGCGGCAACUGCGGCAGACUCACUCGAACUCGUCAGUGCAGAAAUGCUGUUGCAUGUCCAACUCCAACGUGCACAGGGAACGGCUCUGACCUCAGUCCUGCAACAUGCGACAGCGGUGAUGUAUGCACGUUCCCGAGAUCUCCGUGCUGUGAAGGAAGCAAGGCUGUCGACAUUGCUAGGCAGCGAUUUUACUGCAAAAGGGUCUAG